AUGGUGUUUUACAUCGUUGACUUCAGUUGUGAGAUGCUACAGAUUUGUAUUGCCCUUAACCAGGGGUCUCACAUUGAUAGCUGUCCAUAUGGCUCGGUGUAUCUGUCACCCCCACCUGACACCAGUUGGAGGAGGACAAACUCGGACUCUGCGCUGCAUCAGAGCACUUUGAACCCACAGGAUAUUUUUGCAGGAGGCUCACAGGACUUGCAGCUUAAACGAGUGCUUCUGCUUCAUGUACCAGGGCCAGAAGACACAGAAUCAGAUAUGGACAAAGACGAACAAAAACAGAACUGGGAUGGUAAAAAGAAUGUUUCAUCAAGGUCCAAGGUCCCAGGAAUCAACAUAUUCCCGUCUCCAGAUCAGGAACUGACCGCGUCACUGAUGCCUUCAGCCCAAAACACGGGCGGCGGCUCCCUGCCUGAUCUGACCAACAUCCUUCCCCCUCCGCUGCCCACCCCCCUGGACCCUGAGGACUCUACCGUCAGCGCCUACAAUAGCACGGGAAACCUGGCCACCAGCCACUCAUUCAGCUUCAGCUCCACCAGCCAAGGACAGACCACCGCCCAGCAGGGCAGACAGGACAACAACAUGGUCAACCAGGACUCCCACCAGCACCAGUCCCUACAGCUCUCCCCCACCCUGUCGCCACCCCUCACCCUCGCCCAGGUAGCAGAGACCAUAGACGCCAUGACACUGGAGGCACAGUUGUCCCAGUACACGUUCUUCAGCCAGCCCUCUUCUCAACAGCAGCAGCAGACCACUCAAGGACUGACCAGGCUGGUCCAGCUCCCCUCCCCUCCGAACACCUCUUCCAGCCAGACACAGAACUCCAUGGAUAUGAACUUGGGCUCUUUCCCCCAACAGUACCGCAGUAGGGCUGGGUCUUCGGCCAAUCAGUCUCCAACAUCUCCAGUCUCCAAUCAAGGCUUCUCACCUGGAGGCUCGCCUCAACACCACUCCAUAUUGGGUAGUGUAUUUGCUGACUUCUAUGACCAGCAACUCACAUCCAGACAGACCAGUGCUCUCUCCCAACAGCUGGAGCAGUUCAACAUGACAGACAACAACAGUCUGUACGGCCAGUGCUCCACUCUCAACUACUCCCAAGCAGCCAUGAUAGGUUUGAUGGGUAGCCACAGCAACCUGCAAGACUCCCAGCAGCUGGGCUACAGUAGCCAUGGCAACAUCCCCAACAUCAUUCUCACAGCCACCGGAGAGUCACCACCCAGACUGUCCAAGGGGUUGUCUUACAGCUCUCUGUCGGCUGACAUCAGCUUCGACGCAGACUCUCAGUUUCCCUUGGACGAGCUGAAGAUCGACCCUCUGACCCUGGAUGGGCUGUACAUGCUCAACGAUCCUGACAUGGUCCUCACUGACCCCGCCACGGAAGACGCCUUUCGGAUGGACCGGCUGUAGAGCCGAUGCCAAGUUGACCGACUGUCUCGGAGGAACCCGGCCUGAGGGGAGAGGGAUAUUUUGGGAGUGUGGUAGCUUGUGGCUAGGCCCCAGCUGUGCAGUGUAUUCAUCCCACACUGCCACCUCCCUUCACCAGCCACCCCUUUCUAGGAGCCAUGGUAAGAUGAGCUAGUAGGGAAAUGGUCGACAGAGUUUGCUUUCUCCCUUCCGGAUUGAAAAGAUGGAAGGGCGACAUUGUCAUGUUUGGUGGAUAUUGCGCUUAAGGUUCUGCCUGUGACCAGUCUGUGCUAACCACAAACUUAACUUGUUUAUUUAUUUAUUUUAUUAUAUGCCUCCUGCCUGCCUUUCUGUUGGAUGCUUUGGUUUUUGUAAAGGAAAACAAAGUAGGAUACAAACUACAUUGGUCUGACCUUCCAUUUGAAGACAUGAAUUGAUUAAAAUCAUGUCUGUAGUGGAAACUGUUUAUCUUUCUCUCACCUGCCAUACUAGAUUAGCAUGUCUCAUUAUCACCCAUCUGCUUUUUCACAACCGCCCCUCUAUUGGCUAAUCUUGCCAGUCUCACAUUUUCAUCAGUGCACUUAACCGCCCGCGCAGUCAUUAAUUCACACUAUACAGUGCCUUCAGAAAGUAUUCACACCCCUUUACUUUUUCCACAUUUUGUUGUGUUGCGAGGUGGGAUUAAAAUGUCCUUUUUUGUCAAUGAUAUACACAAAAUGCUCUAAUGUCAAAGUGGAAGAAAAAUUCUAACAUUUAAAAAAAAAACUUUAUGGAAAAUUAAACACUAUCUUGAUUAGAUAAGCAUUCAACCCCCUGAGUCAAUACAGGUUAGAAUCACCUUUGGCAGCGAUUACAGCUGUGAGUUU